CCGGCGGAGCCCGAGGAGGAGGACCCGGAAAUACUGGCCAAGAGACAAGCGGUCAAGGACAUGAUGCUGGAGGGAGAGUGCGCCCUGGUCGCCAUCUUGGACUCGGAAUACAGCGAAGACAAACCCUACCGCUGGCUCACCCUGUACCUGGGCCAAGCACCAGCGCCGCCUCCCGAGAUCCAGCUGGAAGCUGAAGUUGCGCCGGCCGCCGCUGGAGGGCAGGAGGGUGGUGACCAGUCAGCGGAUGGCGAGGCGGCCGAGAGCGGAGAGGAGGGCGAGGAUGGUGCAGCGGAGGAGGAGCCGCCAGCGGAGGAGCCGCCAGCGGAGGAUGCACCAGCGGAGGAGGCUCCAGCGGAGGAGGCUCCAGCAGAUGAGGCACCAGCGGAGGAAGCGCCAGCGGAGGAAGAGGAGGGCGAGCCCCUGCCGACCAUCGAAGAGCAGCUGCAGGAGCUGCUGGAGGACCUCAGUCCUGCCGCGUGGACACCUCCUACCGUGCUCGGUCAGUGGGCCGCCCUGCGCAAGUACUUCCCCGAGCUGUACCGGGCGGCGCCGGCGCCGCCGGCGGAGCAGGUGGCGUUCGUCAUCUUCCCGGCCAGCCGCGAGGAGGCGCCGCAGCUGCUCCUCGACGCCGGGUUCCGCGUCCUGCACUCGGGCUCCGACGCCCUCAUAGAGGAGGUAGCCGAGCAGCUGGUGGCCAGCCUGGAGGGCGGCCAGAGCCAGAUCCCAGAGCUGGUGGCGGAGCCGGUGUACGCGGUGGCACUGGCGUGCGCCGGCGACGCCGCCCUCUCCGCCAUGGUCAACAUGGACCCGCUCUACCUGUCCGACGGCCCCGCUCAAGCCGACCUGGACGCCAAGCUGGUGUUUGCCUCUUGGGGUGUCGAGAUCGACACUCUGCUGGCCCCACCUGCAGAGGGCGCACCACCAGCGGAGGGUGCUGCUGAGGGGGCGCCGCCGGCGGAGGUUUGA